GGUUGAUUCUAUGUGGUUCUAUACAGCGCUAGGAUUACCAAUUGUAUAGUCUGUCUCUUGGAUUCUUCAUACCCGGUUUACUUUCUCCCGCGAUAACUCCGACUACAGUACACCACAAUAUAAACCUCCCACCAAACCCCGCAUAUCUCCAACUUCAACUCCCAUCCAACCCUCAACCCAAACCUCAAAGCCCAAAAUCCACACAAAAUGGGCGACCCCAUCCUCUUCUUCUACGGCACCCUAAUGACCCCCCAAAUCCUCCACCGCGUAAUCCACGGCCAAGCCGACCCCGAACCCUGGCAAAAGGCACUAUUAACCAUCAAGCCCGCGAUACUGCACAACUACCGACGACAUCGUGUGCAAGGGGCAGAUUAUCCGGGGAUCGUGCCGGUGUCGGAGGGCGACGAUACGGGGGCGGAAUCAAGGCCUUCGGUGCUGGGGACGGUGGUGUGGGGGUUGACGGAUGGGGAUGUAUUUCGGUUGGAUCGGUUUGAGGGGAGUGAGUAUGAGAAGAGGGUUGUGAGGGUGAGGGUUUUGGAUGGGGAUGGGGAUGAGGGGAAGGGGAAGGGAGGGGGGGAGGGAGAGGAGGAGAGGGUACGGGGGUUGUUGUUGGAUGCGGCGGAGGGGGCUACGGAGGGAAAGGAGGUGGAGGCGGUUACGUAUGUGUGGACAGCUGGGGAGGAGCGGUUGGAGGCUGCAGAGUGGGAUUUUGAGGCGUUCAAGAGGGAUAAGUUGGCGUGGUGGGUGGGGGCGGACGAGGAGUAUGCAUAG